AUGCGUUCACUCUUGUUGAUUCUGGCGACUGUAUCGGUGUGCAGUGUGGUCGUGUGCUUCGACAUGAUCGUGGGUGACACCGUGCACAGGAAGAUGGUGUUCCAUCAGAGGGUCAAGGAGUUUCCGAUACCGUUCAAGAAGCGAAUAAAGUCCCUCUCCUACAGCGAUCCGGAGAAACGGAUUAUAAAGGGUGUUGCUGCCAUCGACAACGAUUUCUCUCACGCGAGCGCCAACAUCACUGAAGGAGGUGUUGGCUAUUCGUUCGUGACCGUCAGAAUGAAGAGUCAGAGGCAUCACCCUCUGAACUUCGAGGUGGAAAUAUACGUC